CCCAAACAGCUGUUUGCUAGCCGCAUUUAUUUCUUAUUUUCCUAGUUAUUUUGUUAAUUGUUGAAUUAAUUGUUAAAAAUGAGGAUAACACAAUUUUUGGCCAGCAAAUUAAAGAACUUCUCCAACCUGCCCAAGGAGUACAUCGAGCGCAGCAAGAAGCAGGUGUUCUGGCAAACACCUAAUGAAAAGAAUUACCUGCAACGCACAGUGGAACGGAAGCGGUUUCGAUACACAACAAACCGCUCAUGGACUGGUCAGUUCCGGCAGCAGAACAUGCCGGGCACAGUGCGCCGCAAGGUGCUAGUGGAACCAAUUGAGGAGUGGAGCUUCUUCCGUGGCGAUCGCAUCGAGGUUCUGGUUGGCAAGGACAAGGGCAAGCAGGGUCUUGUCACCCAGGUGAUCCCCGAACGCAACUGGGUCAUUGUAGAGGGCCUUAACUGGCACUACCGCAAAGUGGGCGCCGAGAAGGAGUUCCCCGGCAUCAUUAUCAAGUCCGAGGCACCGCUGCAUGUCACCAAAGACAUACGUCUGGUGGAUCCGUCGGAUUUGCAGGGUACGGACUUUGAGUGGCGCUUCACAGAGGAGGGUGAGAAGGUGCGUGUGUCCAUGCGAUCGGGCCGAAUCAUACCCAUACCGGAGACCAACAAUCAGACGUAUGACUACAAAACCCCAAAUGCUUAUAUAGAAAGGGAGAAGGAUACGCCAGCUGCUGUGGUCGGCGAGAUCACCUUCCAACCCAAGCUGUCCACCUUUGAGAUGGACAUCAUGGAGGAAAUGGGCAUCAAGGAGGAGCGCACGCCAGCCAAGAGCUACUGGUAUUAAACCUAUGCCUAAUCUUUAUUAAAGUAAUGUACAAAAACCCA